AUGCAGAUUGUCCUUCAGCCCCUCAUCGAUGCCAGCAACAGUGACAUCAGUUGUGUGUGGUCUGACCCCUCAGGGGUCAAGCGCCUUGCAUUCUUGCGUUGGUACAAGGCCACCUUUCGCCCGCGCUAUCACACUGAUGAAAGCCUCGCCAAUGUGGACCGCCUUGCGCAAAGUAUGAUAACAAAAGUGAAAGAGGCAUUUCCUACCCAGGCCUCACUCUGGAAGAUGCUUACAUCUUCUCCCAAAUCCCUCCCCUCACACUCCACUCUCCUCUCUGGCCUGCCACCUUCACUCUCAACCCCCAUCCCUCCCCGCACACUCCCCUCUCCUCUCUGGCCUGCCACCUUCACUCUCAUCCCCCAUCCCUCCCCUCCCAGUCCCCUCUCCUCUUUGGCCUGCCACCUUCACUCUCAUCCCCCAUCCCUCCCCUCACACUCCCCUCUCCUCUCCGGCCUGCCACCUCCACUCUCAUCCCCCAUCCCUCCCCUCACACUCCACUCUCCUCUCUGGCCUGCCACCUUCACUCUCAUCCCCCAUCCCUCCCCUCACACUUCCCUCUCCUCUCUGGCCUGCCACCUUCACUCUCAUCCCCCAUCCCUCCCCUCACACUCCCCUCUCCUCUCUGGCCUGCCACCUUCACUCUCAUCCCCCAUCCCUCCCCUCACACUCCCCUCUCCUCUUUGGCCUGCCACCUUCACUCUCAUCCCCCAUCCCUCCCCGCACACUCCCCUCUCCUCUCUGGCCUGCCACCUUCACUCUCAUCCCCCAUCCCUCCCCGCACACUCCCCUCUCCUCUCUGGCCUGCCACCUUCACUCUCAUCCCCCAUCCCUCCCCUCACACUCCCCUCUCCUCUCUGGCCUGCCACCUUCACUCUCAUCCCCCAUCCCUCCCCUCACACUCCCCUCUCCUCUCUGGCCUGCCACCUACUCUCAUCCCCCAUCCCUCCCCUCACACUCCACUCUCCUCUCUGGCCUGCCACUUCACUCUCAUCCCCCGUACCUCCCCUCACACUCCCCUCUCCUCUCUGGCUUGUCACCAUCACACCCAUCUCCCCCUCCCGUCCCCCACACUUCGCACUCUGUUCUGGCCCCACCACCUAUAAUUGCCUGCAGAUCUACACUGGCGUGGCCAUUCCCGCCGGCUCUCAGGAGUACCACUCCAGGGUCACACAUUUUGUUCGUGCAAACCCAUCACACCACGGUGAUCCGUGGUUCUCCCAUGUGGCCAUCAGUGGGGGGGAAGAGGUAUGGUACGCAGAGGUGCUGCUCCUCUUUAAGCAUGCACAAAGCGACAAGGGGUUUGCCUACGUUCAGUACUAUGAGGUGGUUGGUAACGAUGAUGCGACAGGUUGCAAGCGCCUAGAGUGGGCCAAGUACCCACGCACUCGAAGCUUGUACAGGGAUGUCGUGGAAGUGGACUCAGUGUUCCGUGCUGUCCACAUUGUCGAGUCAUUUAAGCGUCCCGGCACCUUCUUCCUUAAUGAUUAUUUGUUUGAGUAG